CACUCUCUUGAUAGCAGCUUUCACGAUAGUAACUAUCGCGUUUUACUAUCAUCGUGCGACAGCGGAUUUAGUUUAAGUUAAAAUAAACAGCUGGAGAUUUAAGCACUAACGUCUAACACUUAUAUGUCAUAGUGGUUAUCACGGAAGUGACGGAACUACAGUAUGAAUUUACAUUUGAAAGCUGAUAAUGAAGAUUCAUCUCGGUAGACACUUUUCUAAAUUCGUUGGGCUAACCAUCUUUAAUCGUGGUCCGUGAUAUAAUAUUAUCAAAGAUAUAACUACUUAUUGUAUGUAACUUGUUGUAUAUAUCUAAGAAUAUUAUUAACAUUUCGAAACAAUAUAUCACUGUAGUGUGUAGGUACUAUAAUAUUAUUACUUGUAUUAUAAUUAAUUUUUUUAAAUAUAUUUUCAUCAUUUUUUAUGUUUGUUGUGUCAACUUAUAACUUUUAGUUACGAAGAAAUCAUUUAAAAUGGAUCAUAUCUACGAGUUACUUAGCGAGAAAAGCAAAUUUUGUCAUCAAAUUGAAUGUUUAAUAACGUCAAUCGAUCGAAUAAAUAACGAUCCCGUAGUCAAAGAACGGCUCGAAAAACUUAAACAUUCUAUUGAAAGCUGUGUGGAAAAUUGUGGACGUGUUUAUAUUUAUGGUUCUCGUAUGUAUGGCAUUGCAAAAGAUGAUAGUGAUGUAGAUUUGUAUUUUGAUACUGGUGAUUGCUUUUCAGGAAAAAUCUCAGACGAUUACACGCGGCAACUACAACUUAUUGAUUUAUUUGUUAAAGCCGCGAAUAAAGAAUUUAUUGGAUUGGAAAUAAUAACAGAAACUCGAAUACCAAUCGUGCGCUUUACACAUGAUUCCACAAAUUUUAAUUGUGAUUUGCAAUUCAGGAGUGGUCUUGCUGUUCUUAACUCGGAACUUAUCAAAUUAUAUUUGUCCAUGGAUGAAAGAGUGCGUUGGGUAGUCAUCGCAGUUAAACAUUGGGCUGUAUCUUUCAAACUGUUAACUGAUGAUUUUUCCGCCUAUUCCCUAAUUUGGCUAGUUUUAUAUGUCAUGAUGCAACAUAAAAUUGUUCCACCCAUUACAGAUUUAUGGAGAAUGCAUCAGAAACAUGCACCUAUUUAUACUGAAGGUUGGGAUACACGUAUUUGUUUUAAUUAUGAUCAAUUAAAACCAAAAAAGAUUUCUAAAUCAAGUCUUUCAAAAUUGGAAUUACUUCGUUAUGUUUUUGAAUUUUACUCAGAAUCAAACUCAAUCAGAUUACAAAAGUAUGUGCUGUGUACUGUACUUGGUGAAAUACUUCCAAAAAAAACAUUUUACUCAACAUUUAUUACUAAAGUUAAUGCCAUAGGCAAUUAUCAAUGUCAGAUUGAGAAGUUUAAAAAAUGUGAAACUUUGAUAAACACUAAUUUUGGCAGUUUCAACAGAAUCGAACUGCAGAACCCAUUGAAAUUAUGUAACAAUGUUAUUCCUUGGCUCAGUGAUGCAAACAUGAAUUUAUUUAUAGAUUUGUGUACAAAAUCUGCCAACUCAAUGUGAAAUAGGUACUAAUAAUUCAUUAAAUUUCAUAAUAUUUUAUCAGGUCAAAGUACCUAUAAUAACAAAUAAAUAGUAAUAUUACAAUAACA